AUGGCGAAUGGGCACGACGCAAAGGACAAGGGAAAGAACUACCACUAUAGCAACACACCCGAGCGAGGAGUAAAGGGCAUGCGGGACUCGGACGACCUCGACGCGGUCAUUGACGCGGGAGAAGGACCGCAAGGAAAGGGAGAGGUCAAGCUCAAAGCGGCGAAGAAGGAGAAGGAGAAGGAGAAGGAAAAAGAAAAGGAGGAAAACAAGGACUGGGUGGCCAAGGUCAUGUCGCCCCUGCGCUGGCGAAGGAAAGACAAGGAGAGCAGUCCGGCGGCCGGGCGGUCCGGGAGAAGCAAGAGCUCCGGCAGUUUGAUGUCGUCUCUCUCGCUUCACGGGCGAUCGAUGUCCUCCUCAGUUCUCACUUCGCCCGUAUUCACUCCGUCGGUCAGCAGCUCCUCACCACACAAGGGCUCGCCUGGCUCCACCAACCCACCCCAAGGCAGUCCCGGCCGAACACAUUCGUCGGCCUUCCUGUCCCUCUCAAUUCCCUCAUCAAACGUGCUUACCUUCUUCAACGAGAAGGGCGGCAGCCCGAUGGCCAAGGGUCUUUCUGUCUCCGGUGGUGUGCGCACGCGAGAACCACGAGACCAGCUCAAGCACCGAUGGCCACAUGUGGCUUACAAUGCCCCUGAUGUUGAGUGA